AUGAAGUCGAUAUCCUACGAUAUAGACCCAGGCGGCGACAUCGAGCUGAUACUGAAAAAGCCGAACAAGCAGAAUAUAGUGCCAGAGGACACUACUCAAACUGUCGAUGGAGAGCGCAUUAAUCCGAAAUUCCCCAACCCAGCAUGCUUCGGUCGGUAUCAAGUGUUUAGCGAGCUCUAUCCUGAUGGCGAGAACGAGACCCCUAAUUUCGAAGUGGAAGUCCACAUGCGAGUGUCUUCCCGACAUCUGAUUCUUGCGUCACGCAUAUUCCGAGCUAUACUCGAAGGGCCCUGGAAAGAGGGAAACCCGUCUUCUGGACCUAUUCGACAAAUAUCAGCCGAGGGCUAG